AUGGCCCAACUUGAAAAGUCAAGAGACUGUCACUAUAACGCGAGGCGCGACGUUCUUCCCGCUGCGGUCAGUCAGUGUGGAACAGCGUCUCUUCACACAGGCUUUUUCCCCUGUUCGAUACAGCAGAAUUCCAGGUUCACCCGGCAUCUGUACAAAAGGGACUCGCACCUGAGGCCGCUGUCUGGGAGAAAGUACCGGAAGGAGAAGCCUUCCCGCGAACCGAUUCGAUCCCGCGGUGAACCCAUUGGUUGUGGUACCAAAGUGAUUCUUCACCUCAAGGAGGAUCAAUCAGAAUAUAUUGAGGAAAAGCGCAUCAAAGAAAUUGUGAAGAAACACUCACAGUUCAUUGGCUACCCAAUAACACUCUUUGUGGAGAAACAGCGUGAGAAGGAGGUAGAUAUGGAUGAGGAUGACACUUCGGAAGAAGUAAAAGACACACAAGAGCCCGACAAAGACAAGCCCCAAAUUGAGGAUGUGGGGUCUGACGAGGAUGAAGACUCUAAACAGGCGAAAAGCAAGAGAAAGAAGAAGAUCAAGGAAAACCCUGGUGAGAAGAACUCGGAGAACUCACGCUUUCAGAUGCUCCAGCGAUAG